UUUGGCAGAGUUUCAUACAGGCUCAAGAUGGAUAUUGUUGGAUUGGUGAAAAAGUCAUACGCUGAUUAUGGUACGAUGUUAAAGGAUUCAUGGUAUACUGUGAUCACCGAAGAAAUGCAUUAUAGCUGGACGUGGACAUAUUGGAUAUUGGCUUGUACUUUCAUCAUUUCUGUUUAUUGUAUGCGAUACAUUCGUUUAAAACGGAUCCGCGAAAAAGAGGAAAACGAGCAUUUUACCUCACCCAACUUAUCGAAGCGUAGUUAUGCAGUAUCGCAGCAACGGUUUCGCAAGCGAGAUAAAAUGAUGUUCUACGGGCGUCGGAUGCUGCGCAAAGUCAAGACCAUUUCCGGUCAAGCGUACAGUGGUCAAGGCAAAAAGCGGCGUGCCGUGGUGCGAUUUGCAAGGAAUUUGCUUCUGCGCAAGGAUGCUACCCCUCCCCAGCGGCAUGUGAUUGAACCACCAGCGGAAUAUCUGGAGGAAGCUUCUGACGGAAGCGGUCGUGUACCGCCAGAUGCUUUGUAUUUGCUCCAAUCGAUUCGCAUAUUUGGUCAUUUUGACACUCCCGUAUUUCUGAAGUUGUGUAAACAUACAGAAAUUAUAGACUUGUGUGCCGGUGAAAGUCUUAUCAAGGUUGGCGACGCCGAUGAUAGUGUGUAUAUCGUGCAAACCGGCCAGGUAAACGUUUUCCUUAACAACCUUGAUGGUACUUCCAUCACACUGAAAGUGGUUCGUCAAGGUGAAUCAGUUACGUCUCUUCUAAGCUUUAUCGAUGUGCUGGUGGGUAACACAAGUCAGUACAAAACGGUAACGGCUCGUGCGAUGGAGGCUUCACUAGUGAUACGUUUGCCCAUGUUUGCCUUCAAGGAAGUAUUUAGUGAAUACCCCGGUCUGUUGGUGCGGGUAGUGCAAGCCAUUAUGGUUCGUUUACAACGCGUCACCAUUACUGCUCUUCACAACUACCUCGGCUUAAGCACGGAGUACAUUCAGUGUUCGUCUCAGCGAAAAAAAACAACCGCGCAAAUGAAGUCAUGCAGUCCAGGGCACCGACGCAUACCCUCUGAUCAAGUGCAAACACAUUCACUCGUGGGUGAUUUGAAAUUAGAUACGUUGGUCGAUGUCGUCGAUGACGCAAAAUCUGACGUACCAUUCGAUUACUCCGAUAUUCUGCACAAUAACAGUGUCAGUACUUCAAUUGUGUCAUCCGAUUCUGUCGAGUACGCCGUAUUGAAGGCUAGUGCCGUAGAGGGCUUUGCACAAGAACUUGGUCUAAACGACACUGAACGUUCCAUUGUUGAAAAGUUUGUAGUGAUCAAAGAGGUGAAGUCCACAAAUAUUAUUAUUCGUCAAGGUAUUCUAGAGGAUGUAUUGCUAAUUUUUGUCAUCAGUGGAGGAUUGACUUUAACUCAGUGUCCACAGACGGGACUACGAACAGAAGAAGAAUUGAACAAACCUUUGGAAAAAGGUGAAAAUCACUCUAUCAACAUCCAUCCCGGAGAUAUGAUAGGUGGUUUGGCUGUGCUAACGGGUGAAAGCAGUCUUUACACUAUAAGAGCGAAACACUUUUCGCGAGUUGGACUUCUUACCAAGGACGUGAUAUAUGAAAUCAUAAGUCAACGUCCAUCGAUGGUACUAGAUAUUGCAAAUAGUGUAGUAAAGCAACUAUCACCACUCGUACGUCAGUGUGAUUUUGCACUUGACUGGAACUUCAUAGAAUCUGGGCGUGCGGUGUACAGGCAAGGGGAAAGUAGCGACUGCACUUACAUCGUACUCAAUGGACGAUUAAGAUCGGUGGUGACACACCCAAACAGUAAGAAGGAAAUAGUCGGCGAAUAUGGCAAAGGUGAUCUAAUCGGUAUUAUCGAAAUGAUUGCGGAAACGCCACGUACCACAACUGUCAUGGCAGUACGCGACUCGGAGCUGGCGAAAUUACCUGAAGGUCUAUUCAAUGCUAUUAAAAUUAAGUACCCGAUCGUAGUGACUCAACUGAUAAGUCUGCUCAGUCACCGCAUAAUCGGAUCAAUGCAGUCAUUCGGUUCGCUCGCUUCCAGCCGAUUUCCUUCUGUGCCUUUGGAUACCAACCAACCAGUCCAGCAUCGUUAUUCUACAGUUGCUAUCCUGGCCACCAGCGACGAGGUCCCGGUGUUAGCAUUCACUUACGAGCUGUAUCACUCACUCAGUGCAAUUGGGUCCACUGUACGACUAACUUCUGAUAUCAUUCGUGAUACAUUGGGUAUGAAUGUAAUGGAGCAUUCAAGUGAGUAUCGCUUGACAAGCUGGCUAGGACAGCAGGAAGAUCGUCAUAAUAUUACAUUGUAUCAGUGUGAUAAUGAUAUUGGCCAAUGGACCCAGCGGUGCCUACGACAAGCUGAUGUUAUACUAAUCGUCGCACUUGGUUCCCAGUCACCGACUAUUGGCAGACUGGAGAAGGAAAUCGACCGUUUAGCGAUACGAACCGCCAAAGAGCUUGUUUUGCUGCAUUCACAAUCAAGUGACUCUUGCCCAACCAACACUAUCGGUUGGUUGAACAUGCGGUCGUGGGUCUCACGACAUCAUCACAUUCAGUGUCCUAAUAGCAUAUUCAAUCGCCGGACUCCAGGUCGAAUACACGAAACGUAUGACAAGCGUAUGAACAGCAAGCCGUAUAUUCAUUCUGAUUUUUCUCGCUUAGCACGAUGGCUAACGGGUAAUUCAGUCGGUUUGGUACUAGGUGGCGGCGGGGCCCGCGGAGCUGCUCACGUUGGCAUGCUGAAAGCAAUUCAGGAGGCAGGCAUACCAAUUGACAUGGUGGGUGGCGUUAGCAUAGGGGCGUUUAUGGGAGCUCUUUGGUGUAUGGAGAAAAACAUAACCCCUAUGACGCAAAAAGCUCGUGAAUGGUGCAAGAAAAUGACUCAAUGGGGUCGUCAGCUCCGAGAUUUAACAUAUCCUAUUACAUCGAUGUUCAGUGGACGACAUUUUAAUCAAACAAUCCGUGGAACGUUCGGCGAUAUUUGUAUCGAAGAUUUGUGGAUACCCUUCUUCACACUAACAACCGAUAUAUCAGCAAGUUGUGCGCGUGUCCAUACUCAUGGUUCAACGUGGCGUUAUGUACGAUCGUCGAUGUCUCUAAGUGGAUACAUGCCACCGUUGUGCGAUCCUAAAGAUGGGCAUCUGUUGCUGGAUGGUGGUUACGUCAAUAACCUGCCAGGGAUGCUUUGGCGUUAUGUGCGUGCCAGUAUGUCUGUAGCCGGAAUAUUUCCCCCAAUGAUUGAUAAUCGAGAUGGUCACCUACUGUUAGAUGGUUGUUAUACAAAUAACGUCCCAGCUGACGUGAUGCGCUCUCAAGGAGCUGCUCACAUCAUUGCAAUUGACGUCGGAUCACAAGAUGACACAGAUUUGACUGAUUAUGGUGAUGAUCUUUCUGGUUGGUGGUUGUUAUAUAAGCGCUGGAAUCCAUUUACCUCACCAGUCAAAGUCCCAAAUUUGCCAGAUAUUCAGUCUCGCCUUGCUUAUGUUUCGUGCGUGCGCCAGCUUGAAGAGGUGAAGAAAAGUGACUACUGUGAGUAUAUUCGACCACCGAUUGACAAAUAUAAAACACUAGCGUUUGGUAGUUUUGACGAAAUAAAAACUGUCGGAUUUGAGCACGGGAAGCUCUGCUUCGAGGAAAUGGAUAAAAAUGGACGUUUGUCUCGCUUCAAUGCAUGGUCCGUGCAAUCCAUGCCAAAGAAGGAGACACAUUCGCUAAAUGAGUAUACCUUCGUUGAUUUGGCACAGCUAGUAUGUAAGGUACCGGAAACCUAUCCAGAGCGAGUUUACUCAUCCAGUGAGGAAGACUAUUACGAUGGAUAUGCGUCAGAACCGUCUAGUAAACCAUCAUUGAAGAGAAGUCUGCAGGCAUUACGACCUGCUGGGGGUUCGUUAUCGCUGUCGGAGAAUGAAAUGGAUUCUGAUGAUCUCGAAAUCCCCAUGCCUUUUAAUACAUUGCAAGCGAAUCUCGUAGUGCGAGGGGAUAGGAAAUAAUAAACAUCACACAUUGCUGGCGAGAAACAUCCCUUGUAUACUUUAUACCCAUAUCACUUAAAUGUGACAGCAAGUCACGUGUUCAAAAUAU